AUGGGGGGGAACAAAAAACGCAAGGAAUCCACGCCGUCGGUGGCGACGAUGUUUCGCGCCAAAGAAGACGGGCGGCCAUCUUUGGCCCACAGCCAGGCAGACUCCGGCUCAGACUCAGAGGGGAGCGAAGCAGAAAAAACCCCGGCCACCCCCCUCACCAAAGAGGACCUCCGGGCCAUGCUCAGGGAGAUAUCAGCAGACAUUAAAGCCUACACCGCAGCAGCCCUGGAGAAACAAAUCACAGGCCUCAAGAAAGAGCUGGAGGUACUGACCUCACGCACAGACCACAAUGAACGCCUGAUAAAGGACACCCAAACAAAAACCACAGCCCUCCACAAGGACACAGAGCUCCUGCAAGACAGAAUGCUCUACCUUGAAGACGGACUGGAGGACCUCAAUAACAGAUCCCGCAGACAAAAUAUAUGCAUCAGGGGCAUACCUGAAACAGUCCUUCCAGACGCCAUUCUCCCCACAAUCAAAGCAAUCUUCCAGUCCCUCCUCCCUAACGCCUCAGACCAAGAAUUAUACAUAGAAAGGGCACACAGAGCCCUGCGUCCCCCAACCUACAACCCCAACACACCACGGGAUAUCAUAACGAAACUCCUAUACUUUCCAGUCAAAGAACAGCUUAUGAAAGCGGCAAGAGCCCACCAGCCUACCUACGAAGACCAACAAAUACACUUCUAUCAGGACUUAGCACCGACCACACUGAAGAAACGCCGGGAGCUCAAGCCCCUUACCACAGCCCUGAUCGAAGCCGGAUGGCGCUACAUGUGGGGACACCCCUUCAAACUGUCGGUGAAAAAGGGGGAACAAUUAUUUACCCUCCAUCAGGUAGCAGAUAUGCAAGACUUUGCCGACCAUCUUGGGAUAACCUUACGCUACCCAGCACAAGACCCCAACCAAGCCACGAAAGAGACUGCGAGCCGCAGAGGAGGGCCCCGUACGCUCCCAACACGCCCGCAACCUAAGCGAGGGUCCCCGCCAACGCAACCAGAGCAAGACGACAUGAACACCUGA